CAGCGCCCUGGUUGGCUUCCCGGCGUCACUUCCGGUCUGAUAAACCCUGGCAGCAUGGAGUUACUAAUGAGAGCGACAAGGCCGGCAUGGCAGGCUGCGCAUGUCCUGCCCCGUGUCCGAAAUCUGCACCGAGGUCCGGCGAGACUCUCCCCUCUCAUCCCUAUCGUGGUGGAGCAGACGGGCCGCGGGGAGCGGGCGUAUGACAUCUACUCCAGAUUGCUGCGAGAACGCAUUAUCUGCGUUAUGGGUCCGAUUGAUGACUCUCUCUCGAGUGUAGUGAUCGCUCAGCUCCUGUUCCUGCAAUCCGAAAGCAACAAAAAGCCCAUCCAUAUGUAUAUCAACAGCCCAGGGGGCUCCGUCACCUCCGGCCUGGCGAUCUACGACACCAUGCAGUACAUCCUGAACCCCAUCUGCACGUGGUGUGUGGGCCAGGCGGCCAGCAUGGGAUCGCUGCUCCUCGCUGCCGGGACAGGCGGCAUGCGACACUCCCUGCCCAACUCCCGAAUCAUGAUCCACCAGCCGUCUGGGGGUGUGAGGGGUCAGGCCACCGAUAUCGCAAUCCAAGCCGAGGAAAUCUUGAAGCUAAAGAAACAGAUUAAUGAGAUAUAUGCCAAGCAUACCCGGCAGCCGCUGUCUGUGAUUGAGUCCGUAAUGGAAAGGGAUCGGUACAUGAGCCCCACGGAAGCCCAGGAGUUUGGCAUCCUGGAUAAGGUCCUCGUGCACCCUCCUCAGGAUGGUGAAGACGAACCAGAGCUGGUCAGGAAGCAGGACACGCAGCCUCCACCAAAAGAACCCUAACGGCAGCAGAGGGUGCUGCCACCGGCACACGCGGCUGCCUUUUUGGGGAUGGUGGACACCUUACCCUUCCCAAAUUCAUUAAUGCCUACACCCCCUUUUAGCUCCUUCUCACCGGCCAGGACCCAAUCCCUUAGCUCUAAAAACAAAAAAUAUCGAACAAUAUCAGGUUAUAUUCUAUUUAUUUUUUCUUUGAAGUAAAUGUGGCCGGUGUUUGGAAUUUUCUGUUAAGGUGCUGACCCCUGGUGGUGGGGAAAGUGUACUGCAGAAUUGUCCGUAGCCGCUAUAGUUGUUUUCAGUGAUUCGGGUCACAGGGUGCGGCGUAUUGUAUUUAAGGCUCAUCAGACCCUUUUUUUUCUCAUUGGGCAACCAGCUUUUGUAGGUGGAGUAAAGAAGUGUGAAAAUAAAGUUAUUUUCGCAAA